ACGUCACGCCAUGGCCGCCCUGCGCCGCCGCGAGUAGAGGCCCCGUCCCGCGCCGCAGCCGCCGCUUCGCCGCCCCCCCCCCGCCCCGCGCCUGCCCCCGGCUCACCCCCGCCCACCGCCCCGGCUCCGGCCCGCCGCGCCCGCCCGCCCAGCCAGGCAGGUGGAAACAGGGAGAGCUCCAGCAGCCUCGGCCUGGGGGGCACAGCAGAAGGACCUCAGCCUGGCAGGAGGCCCUGUGAGACUAUUGGGUACUGAUGGAUGUUUCCGACAGCCCUGAGCGAAACCCCUGCUCUCCUGAUGAAGAGGACCAGCAGCUUUCUGAUGAUGAAGUCCUGAAGGAGAGCUGUUCAGAACGGGGACUUGAUGGAGAGGGUGGACAAGGCAGCGUCCUGGGAGAGGAGGAGGAUGCAGCCAGGGGACUGGGUCAUGGUGAAGAGGAGAACCACUCGGAUGAAGAAGACCACUUAAGUGAAACUAAGUCUCAGGAGUCUGACAACAACGAGCAGACUGGGGAGCUGAAGAGCCCUCCACCUGGCAAAGGAGAGGAGGAAGACCGGACAAAUGACCUAGGUGAUGAAGCAUCCUCUGUCACCCGUGAACUAGAUGAGCACGAGUUGGACUAUGAUGAGGAAGUUCCUGAGGAACCAAGUGCUGCUGCUGCAGAGGAGGAUGGUGAGAAAGCUGCUGGUGAGGAUGAUGAAGAAGAGGAGAAAGGAGAUGAUGCCCCUGAAGAUGAGAAAAAAUCCAGCAGCAAAAGUGAUGAUGAAAAGGAUGGCCAGGAUCCCCUCAAGGAGAAGAAGAAAGAAGAAGAUGAUGGAGAAAUUGACGAUGGAGAAAUUGAUGACGAUGACUUAGAAGAAGGAGAAGUUAAAGACCCCAGUGACAGAAAAGUGAGGCCACGUCCCACCUGCCGAUUCUUCAUGAAAGGUCACUGUACUUGGGGCAUGAACUGUCGAUUUAUUCACCCUGGCGUCAAUGACAAAGGAAACUACUCCUUGAUCUCCAAGCCUGAGCCCUUCUCCCCAAAUGGUGCUCCUCCUAUAGGCCCUCACCCACUGAUGCCAGCCAACCCUUGGGGAGGGCCAGUCGUUGAUGAAAUCUUACCUCCACCCCCUCCAGACCCUCCAACAGAAAGUGCCUGGGAGAGAGGACUCCGGCACGCUAAAGAGGUAUUGAAAAAGGCAACUAUGAGAAAAGAGCAGGAGCCUGACUUUGAGGAGAAGAGGUUCACUGUGACUAUAGGAGAAGACGAGCGUGAAUUUGACAAAGAAAACGAGUUUUUCCGUGACUGGAAUUACCGCAUCACCAGAGACGUCAGAGAUCCAGCGGAGGUGGACAUCAAAGAAAACAUUAACUAUGGGCUUGAUCCUUAUACAGAUCCCUAUUAUGACUAUGAAAUAGAACGGUUCUGGCGUGGUGGGCAGUAUGAGAAUUUCAGGGUUCAGUAUACAGACCCAGAUCCAUACCGUAACUACAGAGUAAGUAAGGAAAGAGAGCGAGAACGGGAAAGGGAAAGAGAGAACAGACAACGAGAAAGGGAACGUGAGAGGGAGCGAGAGCGGGAACGGGAGCGACGGCAGCGGGAACGAGAACGGGAGCGGGAACGGGAGCGUGACAAGGAGCGCCAGCGGCGGAAAGAAGAAUGGGAACGCGAGCGAGAACGAGUGAAGAGAGAUGAAAAAGACAGGCAGCACAGAGACCGGGACAGGGACCGGGACAGGGACCGGGAUAGGGACCGUGAAAAGGAGAAAGAAAAACCAAAGCCUCGGUCCCCACUGCUACCAAGCCGUCAGCCUGAGCCACCAAAGAAGGAGAAGGAGGCAACCACAAUUACAACCGCUCAGUCAAAGAGAGCAGAUGAAUGGAAGGACCCUUGGCGCCGAUCCAAGUCCCCCAAAAAGAAACUUGGUGUGUCUGUCUCUCCCAGCCGUGCACGUAGGCGCCGAAAAACCUCUGCUUCUUCAGCAUCUGCUUCUGGCUCUUCAAGGUCCUCUUCUCGUUCAUCCACCUAUUCUGGUUCAGGUUCCUCGCGAUCUCGUUCCAGAUCAUCUUCUUACAGCUCUUACUCUAGUCGCUCUUCAAGACACAGCUCUUUCUCAGGCAGCAGGUCCAGAUCGCGGUCCUUCUCAUCUUCGCCAUCUCCUUCUCCAACACCGUCUCCACACAAGCCGCUUGCGAAGGCUAAGGGGGAGUUACUACCGCCUGCCGGUAAAGGUGAAAAAUCUGUGAAGAAGCUAGCUGCCCUUCCAGUCCCUCAGCCGCUCACUAAAAUCACAACAGCUGCACCAGAGCCAGCCAAACCAGGGGAUAACCGAGAGGCAAGAAGGAAGGAACGUCAGACAAGGACUCCACCCAGGAGGCGGACUAUCAGCGGCAGCAUCAGUGGAAGUGCCAGCAGCUACAGCGGUUCCAGUUCCCGAUCUAGGUCCUUGUCUCGCUCUCUCUCCAGAUCUCAUUCCAGAUCAUCAUCUGCCUCAGUCUCCCACUCCCCGUCUGGGUCCAGGAAAUCCAGGUCCCUGAGCGUGAGCAGCGUUUCUUCUGUCUCUAGUGCCUCCUCCAGCAGCAGCUCUGUACGCAGCGCCGACUCUGAAGACAUGUACGCGGACUUGGCCAGUCCUGUUUCCUCAGCCAGCUCCCGAUCCCCAACCCCAGCGCAGCAGAAGAAAGGUAGAGGAAAGUCAAAAAAAGAAGACAGUGCUAAAGAAGAGAAGCGGAAACGGGAUGUGCCUGCUCAGCUCUUGAAAUCAGCCAAGCCUACCCAGGGGAGCAAAUCGCAGCAGCUCCUCCAGACCCAGCAGCCGUCAGCCCCCCAGUCGCAGCAGGGGGGCUUCAGCGCUCACAAAGAGAUCAAACUGACGCUCUUGAAUAAGGCAGCUGACAAAGGAAGCAGGAAGAGAUACGAGCCAGCAGACAAAGACAGGCCGACCUCUCCUCCAGCCAAACGGGCGAACCUGUCACCUGACAGAGGUUCUCGUGACAGGAAGGCAACUGGGAGACUCUCUUCACCCAAGCAAGAGCGACAGAGAGGUCAGAACACGAAACCUUCUCCAGCGCAGACAGACAGGAAACGCCAGCUCUCCCCGCAGUCCAAGAGCUCCAGCAAAGUCACGAGCGUACCAGGCAAAGCGUCUGAGCCGGGCCCCACGGGUGCCAAGGCAGGCAAGUCCAGCACCCUGUCACGACGGGAGGAGCUCCUGAAGCAGCUCAAGGCGGUGGAAGAUGCCAUCGCUCGCAAGCGGGCCAAAAUCCCGGGGAAAGUAUAGUGGGCCGUGCGCGGAGCGCCGCUCUGCCCCUUAGUGACUGUUCAUGUUUUUAUAAAUAGUGUAAAAGCGGCCACUUUGGGAUUUUGCAGUUCUGUCUUAUUUUGGCUGCGAUUCUUUUUUAAAAAAAAAAACCACACAAAAAAAAAAAUACUGAAGUUUUGUCACCUGAGACGCCCGUGACGACUCGCUCCGGCUCCUGAAGGGCGAGCGGGGCCAGCCCCUGGCUCUGCCGGUGCCGGUUCCAUGUAAAUUAUGCACAGAGGACUCCAGCCCCAUCGGAUGCUCUCACUAUUCCUCUCUUUCUCUCUGCCCUCUCCUCUUUGCUAGCCUUGAGUUGUAUUCUCCUAGUUAGCCCUGCUGUGUGUUGAGUGUCUUCAGCAAUGCAGUUCUAUAUACUGUGUAAUGAGAGAGCCGAAAACUGCUGUGAACUGCUGGCAACAUCACCUUCUCCCCCUGCCCUCCCACCCCAGGAACAAAAAUAUAUAUAUAUUCUUGACUAAA